CGCCAGCCCCGGUUUUGGUUUCCCUUGGCCGAUCGUUGCUCCUGAAAUCAAUGCCUUGCCUGCGAUAACCCCGCUCUCCGGACACACUUGCCAUCGAUGAGCAAAGAUACCAGGAGACCAGCCUUGAUAUUCACCAGCGCUGAACUGUGGCCGCUCGGAGAGCCUGAGCGGCCUAUGACUGAGCAUUCAUACUCAAGCAGACGCAAGGAUCAAUAUGAGCGCCUCCGGCUCCAUCAGCUGUCGUUCAUGGUGAAUCACCAUGCCAACGAGCUCAACGAGCUGCACGAUCGUCUCGCCGCCGAAACAGCGGGCAACGUGUUCCGCUUUCCACCCAUCCAUGCUUUGAACUGCCUCCUAUCUCCCGAAGAGAAAGCUCAUGUCGAAGCGGAGCUGGCGAAACGGUACCCGAAGAGCGAGCAGACACACAGCCUGGACGAGUUGCUGGCUUGGAAGAACUCAAUCAAUAAAAUACAAAGAAAUGCCGUCAACGUCCUCCGACUCGAGCAAACGAACGAGCUCCAUGCCCUGCAGCUAGAUCAAGUGCGGGAGAAUCUCAUGUUCAUCGAAUCCAGCAAAGAGGAUGCUCCCUCCGACCCUUCUCGAGAGCCACCCAAACAGCACCACGCCCCGGAAUCGCCUGAGCCGGCAGUCAAGUCUUUGCAGGGGCCAUAUGAGCUCACGACAGAACAGCUGCCGCUGCCCGAUGAGACUACUCAUCCCGAGCCUCCGCCAGUCAGAUCGGACUAUGUUGUUGCGGGCAGUUCUCGGUUGGACGCUCAGGGCCACCACGCCACCUUGGAUGCAGAUGCCACUGACACAGCUUCGAACAUCAGCAACGAGGACGCUGGCGGAGCAAACUACUCCCCUCCAGUGCGCCCAACCUCAAGCACAUGCCGCCCCGACAACCUGAGCCCAUGGAUUCAUCUCGCUGGGCAGUCCAAGAUUGUCGCCAGCGGCCCAAACCCCCUCGACAUGAGCUUUGAGUUUGCUUGCGAUCGAUCUGUGCACAUCAGACUUCCGUCGAGAAUCCGCAUAGAUGAAUACCUCUCUGCCGAGACGCAUCUCCAGAACUUGUCAAAGAUCCUCAGGAAUCCAGAAAACUUGACGAUGGCGAUGGUGCCCCUCAGCCCCGUCGGACAGUCGCUGCACGAGGUCCUUUUCAAAUUCUCAGCCGUGGUCUAUGCCAAGAAACAGAUCUUGUUGGCACACAUCGACAAAGAGCGCAAGCUGACCAUUAUUCCAUCGAAAUACGUAAACCACCAGUCGCUUGACGGAUUCCACAUUUACAACCGCCAUCCUUGCUUCAUAGCCGUCCUGGAGGGCGACCGCCAAGUGGUGCCGACCCAAACUCUAAAGUGGAGCACUACCACACUCAACAGCGUGAGGCGUGGUAUCGUGUGGAAGCGAAGCUCCUCGAGCAAAUCCGCAGGUUCGUCGUCCUCGAAGCCGACGAUGAAAGAAUCUGGUGCAGUGUCCGCCACCGGCUCGCCUCCUCGCUUGGAAUCGCCUCUACAGGCGGGUGUGUCGCCAAUCCAUUCCGAACACCAGCAAGAGCCGACGACGGCCCAGAGCGCAACGACGGCCCAGAGCGCAACGACAACCGCUCCGCCUCUUCCCCAGCAUCUCAUGAACGGCAUCCUGAAUGCGGCGAUAGAGCACGGCAUCUAUGUCUUUGAUAAUCGCAUUUCCCCAACCACGGGCACGGCUGGGAAUGCGACGUCGACUGGAGCCACGGCUGAUGGUCUUCCUGCAAGCAACGCAGGGUCCAACCCAACCCGUGCAGCCGAAAGGCGAUCCAGCAGUACACAGGAUCCACUGCCCAUUCCAACGGAUCCACGCAAGCGGCCCAGGUUCGGUUAGGACAGCGCAAUAAAAAACGGGACACCCGGAUAUUGAGCAUUGGUGAAUGUUCUCGCUCAAAACACCACACGCUGGCCAUGACCGCUCAACGAUGUGUUUCUGGAUCUGAAUCAAGGACGCUUUCUCGCUCAGAUGGAUACACGCAAGCGACUCGAGAAGGCCGAGUAUCUUGAUAUCGAGUUAGUAUGGAACUGUCCAGAGGGUCGAGUGGAUUCAUCACACAACGAGAUUGCCAACCAGGACGGGA